AUGGAGGUCAAUUUGAAGUUGCAUCAGGCGGAUGGUGAUCUCUUAUCCGAUCCUUCAAUGUAUUGGCAGCUAGUGGGCAAUUUGAAUUAUAUGACUAUUACUCGACUUGAUAUCUCGUUUGUUGUUCAGCAGUUGGAGGGUUUUAGUGAUGCCGAUUGGGCUGGUUGUGCAGAUACACGUCGUUCUGUUACUGGUUGGUGUAUGUUUCUUGGCGAUGCUCUCAUUUCUUGGAAGAGUAAGAAGCAGCCUCAUGUCUCGAAGUCAUCCAACAAGUCUGAAUAUCGAGCUAUGUCGUCUGCCUCUUCUGAAAUUGUAUGGCUUCAAAGGUUGUUAGGUGAACUUAGUGUUCCGCAGCUUACUCCUACUCCUCUUCAUGCUGAUAAUACCAGUGCUAUUUAG